UUGGGCGUAAUACGGACUUUGAAUAAUAUAAAAAGAGUGUAAUUUUUCGAACCAGUAUCACUUCGAUUUCAAUACACAUACCUUCAAGAGUAAAAACAUGAUUUCGAAAGUGUUCAUAAUCGCGGCUGCAUUCAUAGCAGUUAGCGCACAGGAACAUUAUCCGUACGGCCACGCAACCUCAUCUCAAUCAAUAAUUCGUCAUGACAUUGCUCAAAACCAACACGGUUACAAUGUCCAACCGAUUGCCGUACAAGCUCCUGUCUAUCAAGCUGCCCCUAUCGCUCAUCAACCUUUAACUUUACAACACGCAGCACCUAUUAGACAAGCCGCGUCUAUCAUCCAGUCUAUUCCCUCUAUUUCUUACUCUCCAGUCAUUUCUCAUGCUGCCCCUGCCGUCUCUCAUGCUUCUCCAAUCAUUUCACAAUCUGCUCCUGUAUACGCUCACUCUGCCCCUGUAUACGCCCAAUCUGCUCCUAUUUACUCUCACGGCGCCCCCGUCAUCUCUCACGUAGGCUCCUCUAUAUCUCAUUCUGCUCCUAUUAUUUCACACGCUGCUCCCAUCAUCUCUCACGCUGCACCUGUUAUCUCUCACGCUGCACCUGUCAUCUCUCAUGCUUCACCUAUUAUUUCUCAUGCUGCUCCUGUCGCCUCUCAUGGCGCAUCUGUCAUUUCUCACGCUGCUCCUAUCAUCUCUCAUGCCUCACCUGUAAUUUCUCAAGCAGCCCCUCUUUACACACAAGCUACCCCUGUUCGUCAAUAUGCUGCACCAGCUCUGACCCUUCAUCAAGCUUCUGGUCAUUAUAACCAACAAUAUGCCCAAGGACACCAGGAAUACUACUCUUAUCCAAAAUACGAGUUCUCAUAUGGCGUCAACGACCCCCACACCGGUGAUAUCAAGUCUCAGCACGAGGCUCGCGACGGUGACCGCGUGACUGGCUCAUACAGUCUGCACGAGGCUGAUGGAUCUGUCCGCACCGUGCACUACAAUGCUGAUGCCCAUAAUGGAUUCAAUGCUCAAGUAGAGCACUCUCAUCCAUCCAGGCAUAUCCAAGCUCCUCAGUAUGCCCCAUACCAUCAUUAACCUAAGAAGUUCUUAGAUUUAAGACGCUAGUUAUAAGAAUUUUGUGUUGAACACCAUGGAUCAUAAUAAAUCUAGUCCUCAAAUAA